GUGAAGAGAAAUUGACAGUAAGUUCACUGAAAUAAUGAAAGCACAACCUGACGAACUUUUGAAGCAAAAUAAAGAUGGCACCAGAGGCGUUAAACAACAGGAACCCAGAAAAUAAGUUUGCAUGAUCUGUUGCUGGUGUUACUUUAACUGUGCCAAUGUCAGGACAGAAGAAGAUGGUGGUAUGCUGUGCAAAAAAUUGCCCCAACAUCGGCUUAAUCCCCUUAAGUACUUCAAGCCCUGCUCUUCUGCACUCCUUCCCCCGGGGGGGCUCCAGCAGGUACAAGUUAUGGGUGGGCAUGGUGGGCGUCUCUCCCUUACCUGCUGUGCCCAAACUGUGCUCGCUUCAUUUCACACCAGAUCAGUACAAGAGAACAGGCAUCGGCAAUCAUACCCAAACACUAAAGAAUGAAGACCAUUCAAGGCCAAAGAAGCUUAAGAAAAAUGCCGUGCCCUCCCUGUUCUAUGACAGUGAUGGAGAGCUCUUUGAAAUGGUACCAGUCACAAUUCCAGAGUCCUCAGAUGAGGACCCUGUUGAAGCAACACUAAACUCUUGUUCAAAGGGGCUUCAUUCAGUUUACACUGAAGGCCAGCAAGAUACUCAGGACUCUGGAACAUUCCCUAUAGCACGUAAUAUUGUUGAGACUGAGGAGAACAGUGGCUACACGCUCCAUCACAGUGUUACUGUGAGUCAGAGUGGCAGUCAGCAGCAUACCUCAGUGGAUAAUGGCAUAAGUAAAACAGAUGCUGCAGCCAGUGGAACCCUAUUAGCACACGACUUGACAGGAGAAAAAAGACGGGUUAUUGGGAAUCCUCCAGGGAACAUGAGAUUUGAAAUGGCUGCUCACGGAUGCAACUUCUGUGGCAUGACCUUUCCCUCUCACCUGAACUUGGUCUCUCACUUGAGGGUGCAUCACACCCGUCCCCUGAAGUGCCGCUCCUGUGGCCUGCAGCUUCCCAACCACUGGAAACUGAACCAGCACUUGAAGAUCCAUGGUAAAUUAUUCCCAGAGAGCAAAGCCUCCAUUACUUCCUCUGUGGUAAACCAAGAGCUCCUGCUUGGGACCACAAAGUUAUUUGAGUGCAAAGAAUGUGGCAGAAAGUUUGAAAGUCAAUUUUGGCUAGCUAUGCACGCCCAGGUCCACUUGUCCAGCUGGCAUAAGGCUCAGGAGAGGGCGCUUCUUCGUCGCAAGGAAUCAUCAGAAGCAAGGACUUCCAACCAGCCUGUGACAACCAUUCUGCAGGGAAGUCUUUCGGUUCUCACCCAGUCCCCACUUUUUCGAUCCCGGGAAGUCCUUAUGAAUGAAAUCUCAGGAAAGACAGAGAUGCCUCAAUUCUCCGCCCAAGGCUCACCUGAAUUGAACUCUUCUGAUGACUCUUCCACUAAAUUUCCAGAAGAAUGGCAGGAAGUUUCCAUGAGAAAAACCUGCCCAAAGUUCAGCUUCCCAGUGGAGUCCCUAGCCCAAAAUUCACAGAAUGGAGAAACCUCCAACUUCCCAGCCUUGGAAUCAAGAUCUGAAACAUGUCUAAAAAUCUGCAUGUUUCAUCCAUGCCACGAAACCAAAACCUCAGAUGCCACCACAAUGGGUUUUGUCAAGAAAGUGUAUCUCUGCCAACAAAACAAAGAAACAACGGGGACAUGUGAGAAAGUUGAAACAUGUGAAAGUCAUACUGGCAAAGCUGUGCCACCCAAUGCCCAAGGCCAUUUUGAACUACUGCAUUCACCUCUUACAGCCUUGAAUAAACUAUGUGUACAACCUGCCAGUCAACUGCAGUUUUCCCUCAAAGCACGUCGCUGUUUGGACUGCGGUGGACGUUUCACCUGGCCACACUCACUUGCUGUACAUCGGCGGAAGAGACAUAGGAAACUGCCGUCUUCCAAGCACGUGUGCCACUGUGGCCGAUCAUUCGGUUACCGCCUCGACCUUUUUCAUCACGAGUUGGGACAUGUCCAAUCCGGCAGCUACAUCUGCUGCCUUUGUGGAGUGUCAUUUAGGAAAAGUGCCAAGCUGGUCAGUCACUGGCAGAGGCACCGUGGCAAUGGGCCGCUGUUGAAGUGCAUUUGUGGAUUAACGUUUACAAGGGUUGGAAACUUUGUCUGGCACCUGCUCAAGAAUAAGCCAUGACUGCACUGAAGCAUCCAGUUCAGACCAUACCAAAUCAAAUGUGGCCAAAGCACUGCUGUGAAUUUAUGGAUUGCAAGGUUUUGGGUAUACUUCCAUGGUGGACAGGAGCACAAAAUGGAUAUGUGUAAACCAGCUCAUAUUUGAUGCUCUAAAAA